AUGUACUACGGAAACAUACUAACUGUCCCUGAAGCGGACGCUCUCUUCACCCCUCCCUCUUCCUACUCUCCUCAGAAGCCGAUUGCGAGGCUGGACCUUGGCUUCGAGUCCCCCUCUGACGACGUACUAGAUGCUGAUAUUUUCAACAUGACUGGUACAGGAUCACCUCAACCAUUCAUCAAAGAAGAAGUCGACGAAAUGUCUUUCAACAACCGAUUCAUGGCCCACAACGGCCUGGACAUGAACCAGCAAUACGCCAACGCCCAGUUCUCUGGCCACGAGAACGCGGGUGGCAUCAACCCCUCUGAGCUCAACAUGAGUGGGAACAUGAUGGGCAACCACUUUGGCACUAACAGUUACAUGCAGGGUGGCGCUGGCAUUGCCGACGACGAACUUGCCGAGUCGCUUGGCACCUUUGAACAGCCAACUGGCUUCAACAACUUCUCCCAGGAGCAAAUGGGCCAGCAGCAAGACUACUACCACAGCCACGCCAACAAUGCAAGCGUGAACCAGGUCUACUCCAACACCCCCGACGACCUGCCCAUCCACAGUCCCUUUGUCCAUCCUGGAAACUUUGACUUCAACCAGUACCAAUCGGGAUCGCAGAUGCGGAGUUUCCCCGGCAGCAUGCCAACUGGCUCGAUGCGUCAGCGCAUCACCAUGAGCAGGACUGCUUCCGACAACAACCGCGCUCCCAUGUCACCCAAGACGCCUGCUAUGGCUGGCCUCCAUCUCGGCACCCCUGACUCGGGCAACUUCACAACCCAGCCCAUCAUGACCAACAUGCAUCGUCACCAGAAGAGCAUAUCGGGCCAGUGGGAGGGAACCCCGGGUAGUGCCCACUCCUGGAUUGACUCGCCUACGGCGUCGCCCCAUGCUGGAGGGCUCCAUCAUCAGCAGAUUACCGAUGUUUUGCAUUCGGGCAAACACAACUCGCUUCCUGCCAAGGUCGACAUUGGUCAGAAUGCCGAUGCUAAGAAACGCCGCCGCCGUGAGUCACACAACCUGGUGGAGCGUCGACGCAGGGACAACAUCAAUGAGCGUAUCCAUGACUUGUCUCGUCUGGUGCCUCAGCACCGCCUAGAGGACGAGAAGAUCCGCAAGCACAUCAACAACAACGGCCCGCUCUCUCCGACCAUGGGCACUAGCGGUAUGUCACCACCACAAGCCACGUCGCUUCUAGCUGGCGGUAGUGGAAGACGAGCAGCUGGUAACAUUACCCAAGGUCUUCCCAUCGAAGAGAAGGACAAGGGUCCCAACAAAGGAGACAUUCUCAACGGCGCUGUUAGCUGGACACGCGAUCUCAUGUGGAUGCUGUCCAAGAAGAUCCAGGAAUGCGACGAACUGGCUGCGCGUCUCCAGCAGGCCACGGGUGAAGAGUGGCCGGUUGAGCAGUCAGAGGAUGAGAAGCGGAUGAAGACGGAGAUCCUUGAUGCCAUCGACAAGAACGGCACCGGCACUUUCAGGUACUCGCGCGGCCCGGGCUCAGGCCUGCGCGUACCCAAGCACACCAAUCUGGCCGGCGAGCCCCUCAAUGGAGUCUCACCACAGAGUCUUAGUCCAGGCAUGCAAAGUACUGGCAGCGGUUCGGGUUCGAACCAACCACAGUACUGGACUAGUCUCAAGGAGGAAGACGAGUACGGCAUGGACAUGGGCUGA